AUGCCGCCUACCACAUGUGUCCGCUGCCAAGCGAACAAGGCUGUAGUCAAGAGGCCCAAGAACCACCACAAACUAUGUCGCGAUUGCUUCAUCGCCGUCUUUGAGGACGAAGUCCACCACACCAUCGUCUCAUCCAAGCUGUUCUACCCCGGAGAAAAAGUCGCCAUCGGAGCAUCAGGAGGCAAGGAUUCAACAGUCCUGGCAUCGGUACUAAAGACUCUUAACGAGCGCCACAACUAUGAGCUGGAUCUCGUGCUUCUCAGUAUAGACGAAGGAAUCAAAGGCUAUAGAGAUGACUCCCUGGAAACGGUGAAACGAAACGCAGUUCAGUACGAUAUGCCCUUGAAGAUUGUGGGAUACGAUGAGCUUUAUGGCUGGACCAUGGACCAAGUCGUACAGACUAUUGGAAAAAAGGGUAAUUGCACGUACUGCGGCGUGUUUCGCCGGCAGGCGCUGGACAGGGGUGCAAAAACCCUGGAAAUCAAGCAUGUUGUCACUGGCCACAAUGCGGAUGAUGUCGCGGAGACGGUCCUCAUGAAUCUUCUUCGAGGAGAUUUACCACGACUGUCUCGCAGCACCAGUAUAGUCACUGGUGGCUCAUUAAACGAUGUAAAGCGAAGUAAGCCUCUAAAGUAUGCCUACGAAAAGGAGAUUGUACUUUAUGCGCACCACAAGAAGCUGGAUUAUUUUAGUACGGAGUGCAUCUACAGUCCCGAGGCAUUCCGAGGAACUGCACGAAGCCUCAUCAAGAACUUGGAAAAGGUGCGGCCGAGCGCCAUAUUGGACAUUGUUCGGAGCGGCGAAGACAUGGCCCGGCUCACACCAGAUAAAGGACAAGGGGCUUGCGCUUGCGACGAAGGCGAGGGGAUGGGUGGUUGUGGAUCUGCCGAUGCAAAGACAUCAGGGAAUGACUUGGCGCAAAUGGAAGCAAAUCUCAAGAAGCAGCCCGCAGCCAACGGGCUUGAGACUGAGAUCACAUCGAAUGGCGCGCCCAAGGUCAUUGAGAGUGACGAUGUGGUAAAGCUUCCUGUUCGGCAGCGUCGGGCAAAGGAGCCUGGCCCUGUUCAACUGCAAACACUUGGGAAGUGCGUCAAAUGCGGCUACAUGUCCAGCCAAGCAAUGUGCCAGGCUUGUACUUUGCUGGAAGGUCUCAACAAGAAUAGACCAGAGAUCUCAAUAGAGGGAUAG